ACUUUUUCAAGCCAAAUUGUCAUCACUGUUCGUUUUGUGGGUGGAGCGGGAGCCACAACAAAAAAAAUGUAUGCAAAACGCCGCAAACAUUAAAAUGUACAUAAAGUGAAUUAAAACUAACAAAAAUACCAAUUAAAACUUGAAAAUGUUGUGCGUCGGUCUUCUCGGGCAGAGCACCGCGCUGCACAGCAUGGUAUGCCAGUCGAUAUUGGUUUUAAUGUGCCUGAUCUGCUACGGCUGCGGGGGUCUGAGUGGAUCCGAGUUUGUUUUCGAUGAUACGGUGGCGAUUGUGAAGAACAAGGAUGUGAAUGCACUGCCCACCAACUGGACGGCCAUCUUCACGCAUGACUUUUGGGGAGCAUCGCUGCUCAGCUCCGAUUCCCACAAGUCCUUCCGACCGCUUACGACGCUCAUGUUCCACUGCGAAUAUGCCCUACUGGGCUUGACGGCGGCACACAUGAAGUUCCUGAAUCUCCUGCUGCACUGUGUGAAUACGCUGCUGCUGUGGCGACUGGUCCGAUCGCUGUAUGUGGUGGAGAUCAACGGCGAGCGGUGGGCCAUCAUAUCGGCGGCUCUGUUUGCCGCCCAUCCCAUCCACACGGAGGCGGUGUCGGGAAUUGUGGGCCGUGCGGAGCUAAUGUUUGGCAUGAUCCAUCUGCUCUGCCUGCUCCUGACGGUGGCCAAUGCGGGGAAGCACAGUCCCCACAGCAUUUGCCUGAUACUCUCACUCACGGCGAUCGGGAUGCUGUUCAAGGAGUCGGCCGUGACCAUACCCAUGUCCUGUGUGCUGAUGGACUACUUUCAGAACGGCUACUACCACCUGCCGCUCAAGGAUCAGGCCAAAAUAUUGCGCACGCGCAUCAGCUACAUUGUCUACAUCCUGGGCACAUCGGCCCUGCUGACGGCUCGCCUCUGGUGGCAGAACUUUGAGUCGCCCCAGUUCAAGGAAGUGGACAAUCCCAUUGCCCACAACGACCACAUCCUCACGCGGGUGCUCUCCCAGCAGUAUCUGCUGGUCAUGAACAUCUGGCUGAUGCUCUGCCCCCACUGGCUGUGCUACGACUGGGCCCUGGGCUGUGUGAAGCUGGUGACCAGCAUUUGGGACCUGCGGCUGCAGGGCGUCAUUGGGUUUUACUCCAUCUUGCUGACGGCCCUGAUUAACUUCCGCCGCCUGCCGGGCAUGAUGCUCGGCCUGGGUCUGAUGAUCAUUCCAUUUCUGCCCGCCUCGGGCAUCAUUCGCGUGGGAUUUGUGAUAGCCGAGAGGACGCUGUACGUGCCCUCGAUUGGCUUCUGUUUGCUGUCCAUCUACGGAUUCCUCUAUUGGUACGACUACAACAUCCACAAGACCUUCUGGCGCACUCUCCUGCAGGCUCUGCUGAUGCUCCUCUUUGCUGUGAUGAUGGUGCGGACACGUCAGCGGGCAACCGACUGGCUCAACGAGGAUCAGCUGUUCAAGUCCGCGCUGGAGGUGUGCCCCGACAAUGCCAAGGUGCACUACAACAUCGCCCGCCUGGCCACGGACACGGGCAACAACACGAAGGCCUUUCAGCACUAUCACUAUGCCAUCGAACUGCAUCCCGAGUAUGAGGCAGCUCUGAUGAAUCUGGGCAAUCUCUACCGGGAGCAUGGACAGCUGCAGACGGCUGAAAAGUAUAUUCGCAUGGCCCUGCAGGUCUUGCCGGCGUUCCCCGCCGCCUGGAUGAAUCUGGGCAUUGUCCAAUCGGCCCAGAGGAAGUACGACCAGGCAAAGACCAGCUAUGAGAAGGCUCUCUCCUACAGAGCCAACUUUGCCGUCUGCUACUACAACAUUGGGAAUCUCUAUUUGGAGCAGAAACUCUAUGCCGAAGCGCUGCAGCACUGGCAGCACGCCGUCACGCUGAAUCCGCGCCAGCCAAAGGCCUGGGCCAACAUCUUGACCAUGCUCGACAAUCGGUCGCUGUAUGACGAUGCUCUGCGCAUCUCGGAUCAGGCCCUGCGGCAUUUGCCCAACGAGAUGAGCAUCCUCUUUAUACGCGCCAAUGUGUUGGGCAAACUGAAGCACUAUGUCGAGGCGGAGACACUUUACAAGCGUGUGAUUCAGCUGGAUCCGCACAAUAUGCUGUACUACUCGAAUCUGGGGGUGCUCUACCAUCGCUGGGACAAGGUGCAGGAGGCCAUUGAGGCAUAUCGUACGGCGAUAAGCAUCAACGGCUCCAGGGCCACGACCGCACGAGAGAAUCUGUCCAAGCUGUUGAAGCGGCUGGAGCGUGAGGCACAGGUAAACGCUAGGUAAAAUCCUAGAAAGGGAAUACCUUAAACCUGAGCAGGAACUGCGGUUGUGUGGUUCUUUCAGUGACUACUAGUCCCAGAUCCUAGAAUUAAGAAAACACCAGAGAUACUCAUAGCUAGAGGCACUUAUCCCUCCCACUUACCUAACCCCACUCCGCAUAUCAAUUGUACACAGUAUUUAUGUAUAUUUAGGAUAAUUUAUUUAUUGAUUUCCACAAGGGUAUAUACAAUUAUUCUCUUUUAAAACACAAUAAUGAUGGAUGGUAUGGGAUGGGAGACUUACAUUGGAUUGGUACAUAAUUUAACUAACAACUAGAACUAGAACAUAAGGAUCUAACCAGGAAACGCUGGUGUAUGUACGCUAAGAAAACUAUCUAUUCAAUUCCAUUCAAGAUUCGUGAUUAAACAUAAUAAUACCGCGAAUUACACAUACAUACAUAUGUAUACAUAUAUAAAUAUAAGAAUAAAAAAAUAAAAACAUAAAAUAAA